AUGCGUACAAUUGCUCCAUUAAUUAUUAUUAUUUCAACAAUAUUAAAUUCAUUAAUAGCUGUUGUUCUAUUACAACGACAAUUACGUUCACCAACAAAUAUUCUUUUAUUAGCCAUUGCUUUAUAUGAUACAUUAACAGGAUUAUUUCCAUUUCCAGUAUUAUUAUAUGUUUAUACAUUUCGUCAUUGUGAUGAUUAUCCACCAUUUAAUUAUUGUUGGUUUCAUCGAAUUAAUCAUGAUAUUUUACCAUUUAUCUUUCAUACAUGCUCAAUAUGGAUUACAGUGGCAUUAGCUAUACAACGUUAUAUCUAUGUUUGUCAUUCAGAAAAAGCCAAACAAUAUUGUACAUUAACUAUGGCAUUAAAAGCUAUUGCUUGUAUUAAUUUAUUUGCAUUAAUUUUAACAAUACCCAUGUUUUUAGAGGGUACAUUUACAUCAAAAGAAGUUAAAUCAAAAAAAUUUGAUAAAAUAUUUCAAGCCUGUAUUGUUUUUGAUCGUUCACAAGAUCCAAAAUAUAAAAUAUUUUUUUCAUUUUAUUCUUUAUUUCGAGCACUUAUUGUCAAUGUUGGUCCUUGUACAGUUUUGGUCAUAUUUAAUGCUAUAUUAAUCGUAAGAAUGAAAAAAGCCAAACAACAUCGUGAAAAAUUAAUACGACGUCGAUCUUAUGAAACACGUACACAAGAGCAAACAAGUGUUACACUUAUGCUAAUUAUUGUUGUUACUCUAUUUUUAUUAGUUGAAAUACCGAAUGCUAUUCAGAUAAUUCUUACUGCCAUACUUGAUUUUGUACCUAUACAGGGUCACGAUCGUUUAUCUCUAGCAGCACAAAUUUUAAAUUUUUGUGUUUUAUUAUCGUAUCCUAUUAAUUUUUUUAUUUAUUGUCGAAUGUCACGUGCAUUUCGUGAUGCAUUCAAAAAAUUAUUAUAUCCUUCUUGGUCCGAUAGUGAUAAUACACAAUUGGUUCCACUUGGUCAUAAUGGAGGUGGACCGGGUGGUAGUAUUGCACCACCUUCACCAAAUAUUAAUUCAUAUAAAAAUGUAAAAUAUGGAACAAAUGAUAAUGCCAAUCAUGAACAACAUACUUCAGUCAGACAUGCACAUUUUCUAUCAGAUGAAAAUGAUAUUGAUACAAAUAAUUCGAUUCAUCCAAAAUCUUCAACUGUGAUAUAUUAUGAUCAAAAUAAAAAAUCAUCAACACCAAAACAUCGUGUACUAUUUAGUGAUGAAGUAAAUGAUGAAAAGCCAAUAUUAGUAACGAAUUAUAAAAAAGGAAUCGAAUUUACAGAUUUAUAA